UAUACUGUUAUAGAAUGAUCCUUAGAUGGUCAGGUAUACUCUGUUUAUUCACAUUGAGUGCCACUUUGGAACAAGAUGACCCCCCUGUUACCUGCUACAUACCCAUCAUCACCAAUGGUUUUGUGACAAAUCAUGACAACAAAGAGCUGAACAUCGGGGAGGCAUUGACAGUUCAGUGCGGUACUGAUUAUGAACUUUCACGUAAUACAAAGAGUGUAUGUCAGGAUGAUGGGAGUUACAAGCCAUCUGAACCACUAUGCAAUGCCAAAGUAUGCGAUGCUCCUGACAUUGUUAAUGGUAAACUGGUUCCAAGUGGAGACACAAUAAAUCCUGAUGUAAAAGUUGCGGUUGAGUGUGAUAUUGGUUACCUUCUCAGCAGUUCCAACAACAAGAUCAAAUGUGUGACAAACAACAUAUUUGAUCCUUUUAAUCUUCCCACAUGCAAUGCUCAGAACUGUGAUGAGGAUACAGUAGUCCCCAACGGCAAAAUAACAGGACCAACUCCGUACAUCUCCCCGGGUAGCAAGCUUCUCAUUCAGUGCUCACAGGGGUACAAAGAGGUUGAUAUCAACAUUACUUGCGUCACUCUGAACAAGUUCAACCCAGAAGAUGGGAUAAACAG